AAUAUUUUAUUCCUGUACAAGGAAGAGUCGCACUAUACUCUGGAGUCCAGAGACGACAACCAAACAAAGAAGAAUAGGAUUUUAGGAUCUAAAACACUUUGUGAAUUGUGAAAAAAGGAAGGACUUUUCAAGAUGCCCAAAGAAGGUGCUCCUAUGGGGGAGGGUGAUGAUGACUUGCCACCUGGUUCAGUGGCAAUCAAGAAGCGAUCCAGAGUGCCAGGUGUUAUGAUCACACAGUAUGUCAAAAACCUCCCACCUGGAAAAACUACCCCAGAUUUCAGCAGAAAACCCAUGGCCACGACUACACAGGAGGGAAAAUUGGCCUUCUUCAAAGCAGUACCAACAGGAGAGCCAACACCCACCGUAACCUGGGCACGAAACAAAGGGGACACCUCAGAUCCAGAGAAAUAUAAAACAAGAUUCGAUGAAAAAACUGGAGAACAUAUUUUGGAGAUACCAAAUGUAACUGUAGACCACGCAGACACCUACAAAUGUUUUGCCACAAACCAGUUUGGAAAAGCUGUUUCCACAGCUACUCUGAAUGUUAUUGAGGUUGGAUUCAAGAAAAAGAAACCAGCUCCACAGCAAAAAGAGCCUGAAGACUUCAGAAAGAUGCUGAAGAAAACUGUAAUUGUGAAGAAGAGAAAAGAAAAACCCAAGAAAGAGGGAGAGGUUAACCCAAAGUUCUGGGAGGUGAUGUUGAGCGCCCAGAAAAAGGACUAUGAACGGAUCUGCCGUGAUUUUGGAGUGUUUGAUUAUCGUUGGAUGUUAAAGAAACUUAACCAGAUGAAAAAGGAGUUAGAGGAAGAACAGACAAAGGUUGUUGAAAAAGUAGAAAACGUGAAACAGAUUGAAGUGAGGACCAGUGGAAAUGCUGAAUUUGAACUCGACAUGAAGCUUAAGGAUCCAAACAGCAAGAUUUUUCUCUACAAGGAUGGUGAAAUGCUCGACUAUGGUGAUGGUGCUGACGAUUCUUCCAAACACAAUAUGACGAAAGUUGGCGAUAAAUACAAAUUCAGCAUCAAUAAUGUUGGCCCAGAUGAUGCUGGCUUGUAUCAGGUGGACGUUGAGGAUACUAACAUGUUCUCAACUGGCCUAGAAAUUCCUGAUGUGGAAUUUAAUGGUAUGCUGAAAGACGCUAAAGCUGUUGAAGGAGAGGACGCUUCAUUUGAGUGUGUUCUCUCUGGUCCUGUGUCAAAAAUCACCUGGUAUGCCAAUGAUGUCUCUGUUGAGCAUGGAGAUAAAUAUGACAUCAUUGUAUCAGAGGACAUGCUUACUCACAGAUUGGUGGUGAAGAACUGUAAACCAGAAGACAAGGGCGUCUAUGCAGCUAUUGCUGGUGUCAAGUUAAGCAAAGCUUCUCUCUCUGUUAAAGAGGCUGGAGUCUAUUUUGUCGGUGGCUUGUCAGAUACUACUGCAAACGUUGGGGAGUCUGCAGAACUGUCCUGCAAACUCAGCAAUAAGGACUGUGUUGGAAAUUGGUUCAAAGAUGGUAAAAAGUUGGAUUCUCAGAAUGGGAUUAACAUUGUAAAAGAUGGAGCCACUCAUAAACUAAUCAUCGAGAAGUGUGAGGAGGAAAAUUCAGGGACGUAUAAAUUUGAAGCAGAUGGUCGUAAAUCAGAAGCAACUUUAAGUGUGGAAGAUCCACCAAAAAUCAAUGCUGAUGACCUGGGUAAGUUCUCAGAACCUGUCGUUGUGAAAGCGGGAGAAAAUGCAGCUUUCAAGCUUCCGUUCUGUGGUAAAGAGCCAAUCAAAAUUCAGUGGUUCAAAGAUGACGAGGAGCUUUUGCAAGGCCCUAAUGUCAAGAUCGAGAGCUCCUCAACGCACAGUCGGUUGCGUCUCACCAAAUGCCAGCGUAAAAAUACUGGUGAAAUUAAAAUUAAAAUCAAGAACCAAUUUGCCACCAUAGAGGCAACAUCAAAGCUCAUCGUACUUGACAAACCAGCUCCUCCACAAGGGCCUGUAGAAGUAGUAGAGAGUUCCUUGUCUGCUAUUGAGUUUAAAUGGCGUCCACCAAAAGAUGACGGUGGGUGUUCCGUGACGAACUACAACCUGGAGCGCCAGCAGCUGGGACGCAACACCUGGAAUAAAAUCGGAGAUAUCCCUGGGCAGCCCACCUACAGGGACACAGACAUAGACCGUGGAAGGAAGUACUGCUACAGGAUCAGAGCAAAGAACUCAGAAGGAAUCAGUGACAUGAUGGAGACUGAUGACAUCGCAGCUGGAACAUUAGCAUUCCCUGGUCAGCCUGCUUCUCCAAAGGUGGUUAGUGCCUUCAAGGACUGCAUUAAUUUAACGUGGCUCCCACCCACAAAUACCGGAGGGGGCAGUAUCAUAGGCUACAAUGUGGAGAAACGCAAGAAGGGAAGCAACCUGUGGAGCCAAGUGAAUCCUCCAGAUGAACCCAUCAAAGAGAAAAAGUAUGCAGUGAAAGAUGUAAUGGAGGGAGCGGAGUAUGAGUUCAGAGUGGUUGCCAUCAGCACCUGUGGUCCCGGAGAACCAAGUGCCCCCUCUGACUGUGUGUUUGCAAGAGAUCCAAAGAAGCCUCCUGGGAAGGUUAAAGAUCUCAAAGUAACUGGCUCUAGUUACACCACACUAUGUUUGGCUUGGACCAAGCCAAAGGUGCAGUAUGGAGUGGAAGACGAUGCAAAAGGAUAUUUUGUGGAAAUCAGACCCACAGACCAGCUGGAGUGGAGUCAAUGUAAUAUGAGCGCCGUCGUCCAGACGUCCUUCACCGUAGUGGGUCUGAAGUCUUUAGCCACGUACUGGGUAAGAGUUAUUGCCACCAAUGAAGGAGGAGAGGGUCUCCCACAAGGGUUCGACAACUACAUCAUCGCCAUGCCUCCACCUGUGAAACCAAAGUUCACUGACAAGAAGAUGAAAAGUUUCAUCGUUGUUAAAUCUGGAAAUACAGUGCGGGUCAACAUACGAUUUGAGGCUUCUCCUUUACCAGACAUCACUUGGCUGAAGGACGGUACACCCGUGGCCAAACAUGUGACAAUUACCAAUUCUGAAAAAGGCUCCCAGUUACUGAUUCCAUCAUCUCAAUGGUCAGAUACUGGCAUUUACACCAUUAUUGUAAAGAAUGUGGUGGGUCAGGAGAGCUACAAUGUUGAAAUCAGAGUCACAGAUGAUCCUAAGCCCCCAGGUGUUGUCCAACUUGAGAAGAAUGUUGAGGGCACUGUAACUGUAACAUGGACUCCAUCUCCUGAUGAGAAACGAGAUGACCGGCUGCACUACAUGGUGAUGAAGCGGGAUUCUUUCAAGCGUAACUGGCGGACAGUAGGAGACCGCCUGUUCAACCACAAAUUUACUGUUGUUAACAUCAUGCCGGGGAGAGAGUACUACUUCCGUGUGUUCGCUAAGAAUGAUAUGGGGCUCUCUGAUCCAUCUGAGUCUCCAGCAUGGGGAAGCAUUAAAAAGAAAGAGAAAUUUGUAGUGAAUCUGCCAGAACCAAGGAUCCUCAACCUUCAGUCACCCCCAAAAUUUACCAUCCCUCUGAAACUACACACAGCUCCAACGGGCUACGAGUGCUACAUGAGCUGUGCUGUGGGAGGCAACCCCAAACCCCAUGUCACCUGGUACCGCAACAACGUCAGCCUCAACACAGACACCAACUACUACAUCACCAACACCUGUGGGGUCUGCUCCAUGCUCAUCCUGAUGGUGGAGCCCAAAGACACAGGAGAAUACAAAGUAGUGGCGGAGAACUGUCUGGGCAAGGCUGAAUGUUCCACCAAGCUCAUUGUCAGAGAAUAGUGGAAGCUUAGAAAAGAUACUGGUGCUUCCCAAGAAGACAACUGGCUCCGAAGAAGAUCUACAGCUUUUUGUGUUCUAUAUUUGCAUUACUAGACUUUAUGAAUACUUUUUCUUCCUAAAUAUUACAUGAUCAGUGGAAAUCUGCACAAUGAUCUGAGUGGAUUUAUUUGAGGGUGAACAGAUGCCUAGUUCUUCUCAGAGGUGGAGAAAGAAGUCAUUUUAAUAGAAGAAUCAACAAUAAGAGAAACACUGUUACAUUGGGGGAAUAUGAAAUAAAGUAGCCACACACUGCC